AUGGUUGAUAAAUGGCUUGAAGGAAAUAUCUCAAAUAUUAUGUAUGCAAUAAUUAGUGUAUAUGGCAUUCUAAUUUCAAAUUGCAAAAUUUGCAGGCAUGCUUUUUUGGAUUUCAAGGAUAUUGAUGGCUAUAAGAAUGCACUAAAACUUAAUCAAACUGAGAUAGGAGGUUAUUGGGUGUCAGUUGUAAGCGCAGGCGGUGGGAAAGGUAACUAUCGCGUCGGUGGAAGGGGUGGAGGAGACUAUGGUGGUAGCAGAGGUGGCUAUCGCGUAGGUGGAAGGGAUGGAGCAAAUUAUAGAAGUGAUAAUCAAGGUAUGGGUGGUGGCAGAGGUAGCUAUCACGUCUGUGGAAGGGGUGGAGGAGACUGUGGUGGUAGAGCAAGUUGGGGGAGAAGUCAUGGUGCUGAGAGGCACUGGACAGUCAAUACCGAGCACUGGUGA